UAGCGCUUUUCGCUAAAUUUCAUCAGCACCGGACUUCAAGACUAGAGCGACAUAAUAAUCAGUUGGAGGCAAGCAAGUGGUCCGAUAGGGUGUCGUUGUGGGUGCGUGAAACGAUUCAAAAGGAUUCCGUGUCGUCGGCGAAACCAUAUAUAUUUCAGUUCGACUCUCAUAGUCAGUGUCCCAUUAAAUCAGGACUACGGCUGGAGGUAGAGGAGCACACGGCUGAUAUACUUUAGCCUCAAAGUUGCCAAUGUCUAAUAAUUGUGGAAAGGAGGGCGAUGGCGAAGGUGGAGGGAUUGAUAGACAUAAGCACGAGACCAUUGAGCUGGACAUUAAAGAUCUGGCGACUGCACCAAAGAUAGUCUCGCCCACAAGUCAGCAGCUAGUCAAACUCGAACAUAUACCCGAGCGUGGAUCAUGGUCGUCAAAGUUGGAUUUUAUUCUUUCUGUAGUGGGUCUCGCUAUUGGAUUAGGCAAUGUAUGGAGAUUUCCGUAUUUGUGCUAUAAAAAUGGUGGCGGAGCGUUUUUAUUGCCUUACUUUUUGACCCUCUUUCUCGCCGGCAUCCCUAUGUUCUUCAUGGAGUUGGCCCUGGGCCAAAUGUUGACAAUCGGUGGACUGGGCGUCUUUAAGAUUGCCCCCAUAUUCAAGGGUAUUGGUUAUGCUGCAGCUGUGAUGUCAUGCUGGAUGAAUAUAUAUUACAUUGUCAUAUUGUCCUGGGCAGUGUUUUACUUUUUCAUGUCAAUGCGAGCCGAUGUGCCCUGGCGAACAUGCAACAAUUGGUGGAACACGGUCAACUGCGUCAAUCAGUACGAGAGAAAUUCCCUACACUGUUGGGACAAGCUAAUCAAUGGCACCACCGGCAAAGUAUGCUCAGUGGCAACGGCAAAUAUUUCCGCAUCAGAGCUCACGGAUCCGGUUAAGGAAUUUUGGCAGCGUCGAGCGCUACAAAUUUCAUCUGGCAUUGAAGAGAUUGGAAACAUUCGUUGGGAGUUGGCAGGCACUCUAUUGCUUGUAUGGAUUCUUUGCUAUUUCUGCAUUUGGAAAGGAGUCAAGUGGACCGGAAAGGUUGUUUAUUUUACAGCACUAUUUCCUUAUGUUCUGCUAACUGUGCUGCUAAUCCGAGGCAUCACUUUGCCUGGCGCCAUAGAAGGUAUCAAAUUCUAUGUGAUUCCCAACUUUUCAAAGCUCUCGCAAUCUGAGGUUUGGAUUGAUGCGGUUACUCAGAUAUUCUUCUCCUACGGCCUGGGCUUAGGCACUCUGGUCGCCUUGGGCAGCUAUAAUAAGUUUACGAACAAUGUAUACAAGGAUGCCCUUAUUGUCUGCACAGUGAAUUCCAGUACAAGUAUGUUUGCCGGAUUCGUAAUCUUCUCUGUCAUUGGUUUUAUGGCUCACGAGCAGCAUCGGCCCGUCGCCGAGGUCGCAGCCUCAGGUCCCGGAUUGGCUUUCCUUGUGUAUCCAUCGGCGGUGCUGCAGUUACCUGGAUCACCAAUGUGGUCUUGUCUGUUCUUCUUCAUGUUGCUGCUCAUCGGUCUGGACUCCCAGUUCUGCACGAUGGAAGGCUUCAUCACAGCCAUUAUCGAUGAGUGGCCACAAUUGUUGCGUAAGCGCAAGGAGAUUUUCAUAGCCGUUGUCUGCAUGCUUAGCUACCUGGUUGGUUUGACAUGCAUAACGCAGGGCGGCAUGUAUAUUUUCCAAAUUCUCGAUUCGUAUGCAGUCAGUGGCUUCUGCUUACUCUGGCUGAUCUUCUUUGAGUGUGUCUCUAUAUCUUGGUGCUACGGUGUCGACAGAUUUUAUGAUGGCAUUAAGGAUAUGAUUGGAUACUAUCCAAUGGUGUGGUGGAAAUUCUGCUGGUGUGUCACCACUCCAGCGAUUUGUGUGGGUGUCUUCUUCUUCAACAUAGUCCAGUGGACACCUAUAAAGUACUUGGAUUACAGUUAUCCGUGGUGGGCGCAUGCCUUUGGCUGGUUUACUGCCCUAUCGUCGAUGCUCUAUAUACCAGCCUACAUGGUUUGGCUGUGGAAACGUACACCUGGAGACCUGUGCGAAAAAAUACGUGCGAUAGUUCGAAUAGACGAGGACAUCACGCAAUUGCGUGAGAAAAUGCAAAGAGAGGCGUAUGCUAAGGAAGUUGAGUUUAAUUCGUUAUAGGUACCGUACAGGUAGAGAUAAAAAGCGUGGUUCAUUUACAUUAUUGUCAAGGGGCCAAGUUUUAAAUUUCGUGAGUAGGCAUCGCAUUUCAUUGUAUCACAGCUUCGACCAUCAAGUAUCCGGAUUUGAAAUUCUCAUUACCCCCCUGCUCUUGUCAUUUUGUGUAGUACUUACUCGUGAGUAGAAAAGUAAAAGAAAAAUGGAGUGAACAAGAAGACGAGGACGAGGAUUUGCCACAAUGCAUAAAACGAAAGAAAACAAACAAAAAAAGAACAAAAUACAUACACUGAACCAUUCACUUUCAACUAGAAGAUCCAUCUGGAGCUGUCGAUCCAUCAUGAUCAUGAGAUUAGAUUGACUCCUAGACGCAAAUCGUAAACUGCAUUCCAUUUAAUUUCCUAAUAAUAAUACUACUAAUACUUUACUGAUUAAUUUAAUUUAAAAUUACUCAUACAAUUUAGAGUUUAUUUAGCAAUAGAGUCCCCUAUGAAAAUGCACAUAAAUAUGUACAUACAGACAUAUGUACAAAUGAAUGUAUUUCUGUGAGUACAUACAUAUGUAUGUGUGUAUGUAUCUUUGUAAGUAUGAUAGCACGGAGAUAUGUGGAUAGGAUUGAAUUGGAUUGGACAAGUAUAAGGUGCAUUUACUGUAAUUUAUCUUAAAAUACGUUAUACAUUGUUGUUGUUUCUUGUGUCGAAUAACUGUACUUCUUAAAUAAAUCUUCAUAAAUAUA